CUUCAACUUUCGGCUCUUCAAUUUUCUCCAAAGGGAAGGAAUAAUGGGGAGAUUGCCUAGCAAUAAUGUCAAAAAUGGGUUGAAGAAAGGGCCUUGGACGCCUGAGGAGGACCGAGUUCUUAUAGAUUACAUUCAGAGACAUGGACAUGGAAGCUGGAGAGCGCUUCCAAAGCUUGCCGGAUUAAAUCGGUGUGGGAAAAGUUGCAGGCUUAGGUGGACUAAUUAUCUCCGGCCUGAUAUUAAACGAGGAAGGUUUUCGGAGGAAGAAGAACACACCAUUAUCAAUCUUCAUGCUGCUGUUGGCAAUAAGUGGUCUGCAAUAGCAUCCCAUCUUCCUGGAAGAACAGAUAAUGAGAUUAAGAAUUUCUGGAACACACAUCUGAAGAAGAAGCUUCUUCAAAUGGGGAUCGAUCCGGUCACUCACCGGCCCAAAACUGAUCUCAACAUUCUAGCUAACCUGCCUCAGUUGCUUGCUGCUGCAAACUUUAGUAAUCUGAUCAUGAUGAGUAAUUUUCAUUUGGACAGUGCUCUCAUGUUGCCAUCUGAUGCUCUUGCCAAAAUCCAAUUGUUGCAUAACAUGAUUAAAGUUCUGGGUACUAGUACUACAACCAUGGAAGCAAUGAACUUUCUAGCAGGACCAAGUUUCAGGGACAAUUACCAUCUCCAAGAAAAUAAUAAUCUCCCAUUUGGUGCAACUGCACAUGAGCUUACUCAAUUGCAGUCAAAUUUUGUAAACAUAGAAGCUUCUCAACAUCAAUCAGAGCUCAGUGAGUACCAUCAUCAGCCAUUGAAAGACUCAAACAACAACAACAACAACCAUCAAUUCCCAUCUUCUACUUCAUCUGCUGCUAAUAUUCCACCUUCAAAUCGGCCAGCUCAGCUUCCAGCAUUACUUCCAGCCUCAAACCAAACCAAAAACAACAAAAUCAACCCAAAUGAUAUAUCUAACCCUUCAUCUACUUCAACCACCUUUGAAGCUUGGGGAGAUCUUGUGGAUGAUGAAGCACGUGACUCUUUUUGGAGAGAUAUCAUAGACCAGGCAUCACCUCAGACAUGGUCCAUCUCUUAAGCAGCCUUGGGAUUGAAUACAUCAUGAGUAAUAUACAGCUAUUGUUUCUCAUUUAAGAAUUGGUUCAUUAGA